AUGGUGUCAUCAGGGGUAGCACUCACUGCACAAUUUCCAGACAACAAGACUAUUCCCAUUAUCCCUUCAUUUGACGUUUCGAAGAACUGGAAUGUCGCAGCUGCCACUGUCCGCUACUCGACAACCAAACUUCUUGAGCUGGUUAUCCUGCAGAAGCUCAGCGAGAUCGUGUCACCCGACGACGUCAUCAUCACCGCUGUAGAUCCUGGGUUCACUGGGGGUUCGGGAUUGCACCGCAACCUCGCAGCACCUGCUCGAGCUAUCUUUGGCUUAAUCAAGAUCUUUACAGCCCGGUCACCAAAGGAGGCCGCUUGGAUAUAUCUGGAUGCCGCUGCUGUGAGAGGCAAAGAGAGCCAUGGUGGGUUCAUAGUAAACUGGGACAUAUAUCCACUCCAUCCUGCGAUGUAUACUCCUGAAGGGAAGCAAACCUCAGAUAGACUCUGGGACGAGACUAUGAAGGAGCUCGAAUUCGCUGGAGCACCGGAUAUCCUUCGGUCCAUCAGCCGACCGUGA